GCCGUGUGCCCUGGCACCGAGCGGCCGUGGCCAUGGCGUACGCCUAUCUUUUCAAGUAUAUCAUCAUCGGCGACACAGGUGUUGGUAAAUCAUGUUUAUUGCUACAGUUCACUGACAAGAGGUUUCAGCCAGUACAUGACCUCACUAUUGGUGUAGAGUUCGGUGCUCGAAUGAUAACAAUUGAUGGAAAACAGAUAAAACUCCAGAUCUGGGACACUGCAGGGCAAGAGUCCUUUCGUUCCAUCACAAGGUCAUAUUACAGGGGUGCUGCAGGGGCUUUACUAGUAUAUGAUAUUACAAGGAGAGAUACAUUCAACCACUUGACAACCUGGUUAGAGGAUGCCCGCCAGCAUUCCAAUUCCAACAUGGUCAUUAUGCUUAUUGGAAAUAAAAGUGAUUUAGAAUCUAGAAGAGAAGUGAAAAAAGAAGAAGGUGAAGCUUUUGCACGAGAGCAUGGCCUUAUCUUCAUGGAAACUUCAGCUAAGACUGCUUCCAAUGUAGAAGAGGCAUUUAUUAAUACAGCAAAAGAAAUAUAUGAGAAAAUUCAAGAAGGCGUCUUUGACAUUAAUAACGAGGCAAAUGGCAUUAAAAUUGGGCCCCAGCACGCUGCUACUAAUGCGACACAUGCGGGCAGUCAGGGAGGACAGCAGGCCGGGGGAGGCUGCUGUUGAGUCUCUUUUAACUGUCUCACUGCCCAAGUGGGGCUACUCACUUACUGUUUCACCCUCUCUGCUCCUGCUCCGCUGAGACGUGAAGCUAUUUGAAAUGGCUUUGUGUCACAGAAGACUUUAAUCCUUCAAAUUCUUGUAUAACUUUGAAUAAAUGGUUAAUGUUCACUUAAAAAGACAGACUUUGGAGAGUGUAUUCAUAUCUAUUUGCAUUUGAUUUCUAGGUCAACUGAUGUGAUUAUUUUUGUUAAAUGUUGUCUAGUGCCCUUAACUACAAACUGAAUUGUAUUAAACACUACAAAGUCAUCUUGAGUAUUUUAAAUCAGUUUGUGUAGUUAGGUUUCCCAGUACCUGUGGUUACCUAAUGUUUAAUAUUAUAGAACUGUCCUCAAAAAGUUGUCAAUUUUCAAGGCUAUAAAGAAAAGCAGAAGGACUCUUUUAAUUCUGUAUUUAUCAUUUACUUUCUGUAUAUAUAGUUUAAUAACCUGCUUGGGUGUAAUUUGCCAAGCUUGAAUUCUUUAAUGCAUUUGCAUAAACUCUCUACUGUUUAGAGCUUAAAGCUACAGAAGCAUUGUUAGGAGUUGCUUGGACAUUGAAUUUUAAACUUUUUGACAUUGUUAAACAAGCAUGUUCAUCUUUUCUUGUCACUAGUCCAAGAAAAAUAUGCUUAAUGUAUACUACUAAAGCUAUUUAUGUGUUAACCUGUUUUAAUGCCAAAAGUUUGCUAUUUUGUCCACAGUUUCCUUAAGAACUCUUUAGAAAAGGAUUUGUUUGCCUUAAUGAGUACUGUUGUGUGAAAACAGUAUAAUGAGUGGAAAGGGCAGAAGCAAGAAAACCCUAUAUCUGAGCUACUCCAGGAAGAAUGAGUGUCCACAUGUAGACGGCACAUGAUGAGGACUUAAUCUUUCUUUAAACACAAUAAUGUUUUCUUUUCUUUUAUUCACAUGAUUUCUAAGUGUAUUUUUCAUGCAGGACAGUUUCUCAACCUUGAUGUACAGUGACUGUAAAAUUUUUCUUUCAGUGGCAAUGUAUAAUCUUUAAGAUAUGGUAAGCAUCUUGUCUGUUUUGAAGGGGAUAUGACAAUAAAUCUGCUGGAUGGAAAAUCCUGUUAAAAAGUAGAAGAGCUUUAGUAAUCUACACAGUGUGAUGGUUUUCACCCUUUUUUUCUUUUUCUCCCCUGGUCUAUAAUGGAAUUGUUAUAGCAGUGCAAAAUAAAAUCCUAUGUAUAAAAAUG